CGGGGCCUGGCGGGAGGGGCGGGUCCUCCGGGAGCCCAGCCCCGGAAGCAUGGCAGCGCCAGCCCUCGGAGCCGGCAGCAGUGACGCUCCCGCACCCGACGCCGCCGCUGCCGCCGCCGCUGCCGCCGCCGCUUCCACAGCCAUGCCGAAGCACGAGUUCUCCGUGGACAUGACCUGUGAAGGCUGCUCCAAUGCGGUUAGCCGGGUGCUCAACAAGCUGGGAGGAGUUGAGUUUGACAUUGACCUGCCCAACAAGAAGGUCUGCAUCAGCUCUGACCACAGCGUGGACAUUCUGCUGGAGACCCUGGAGAAAACAGGAAAGGCUGUUUCCUACCUCGGCCCCAAGUAGCGAGGGCCCGGAUCCCUGGGCCCAAGAUGGACCAAAGGGAGCAGGAAAGAGGAAAAAUUCUGAAGUGGCCCAGCCCCUGAAGGAAUGCGGUUCUUCACAUGCCUCAGAAGAGGCCAGAGUUUGCUGAAAGCUGGAGGAGCCAUCCCUGCAUAGCUUGGCUAUGGAGUCAUCAAAAUGAUGCUUGUGACCCAGACAGCAGCUCCAGACACUGCUUCAGCCCCUUUCCAAAGCUGGAACCAAUUUUCUCCUCCCCUUAAGGCUGCUCCUUGCCUGGUGUCUUUCUUCCUCUCUCCUCUGCCUGUUUUGAUGUUUCUCUGAAGCUGGGGGGGGGGGGGUAUGUCUCCACCAUGUCACGUCAUCUCCUUUCUCUUAAAGGUCUGGCUGCGGCUCACCUUGUCUCACAGACACGAAAAAUGGCUGUAUGCCUGCUGAAUAAAUGUGACCUUCUCAGA